GGAAACACUGUACAUCUGGUGACCAAACUCCAUGGGACCAACACUUUACAUGUUGCGUUUAUAUUUUUGUUCAGUUAUAAAGUUGGGAACUUUUUGUUUUCAUCCCGCACAGUACCUGGCAGCAAUAAAACUUUUUGCGUGUAGGCUGCCAAUAAACCUCAGAGAAGAAGAAGCAGGAAGAAGAGAAGGUCACAAUUCCAAGAUGGCAGCGCGCUGUGUGCUGGGGUCUAUUUGGACCUCUCUAUCUGGCGUUAAAUGUGUGGCCAGCAGCAGCAAUAUGAGUGCCUAUCAGAGUAUAACCAAUUGCCCUCAACUCUCGGUUUUUGGAAUUAUUCAAAGUAGAGGAAUUCGACAAGUCGUCGAAAAGAAAGAAGGCAAAACAACAAUAAUUGAGGGAUUACCACAGGAUGCUCCAGCCGGACCACAGCCACCCAACCCCACAGCCCAGUGCCCCAUCUACCGAUGGAACCUGCAGAACAAAUACAACUACACAGAUGUUCUGUUGCUCAGUCAGUUCAUCAGGUCUGAUGGAGGAAUGUUGCCUCGUAGAGUCACUGGUCUCUGUGCCCAAGAGCACCGCAAGAUCGCCAUCUGUGUGCAAAUGGCGCAUAGAGCAGGUCUUCUCCCCGAUCACAAACCACCUCUCCCAGAGGGACACGUACCAAAGAAGCCCAAGCCCCAGCUCAACAGAUACCUGACUCGCUGGUCCAUUGAUUCGGUGAAGCCCAUCUAUAGGGCAGGGCUGAAGUGGUGUAAAAAUCGCAUCUCUGUCGGCCACCCAGCUCUCAGAAACAACGUACAAUACGGCAAGAAAAUCCUCUACCUGAAACAUUGAGGACAUGGGGGCAUGUCAACCCGUAGGAGUCGGUGUGGGCGGGACAUAGAUGGGGUGCAGCAGUUCUAUCGGAUGUCUAUCACCAUGGAACUCCUGCCUCAUUUGGGACUCGUCCAUUGACUUUGAAAACUAGCCUUUUGAACAGCUGAGGGAGCAUCUGUAUUUGUCCAACCUAUUUAGUGGCCGUUACCCAUUGGAACAAGUCAUUCGGAGCAAUACCCAGAAACAACACCCUUUCUGUCAUUCGGCCUUUGAAGAUACCCUGAAAAUUAACUCUGGAAAACUCAAUUUAUUGCAAUUGGGCCAGUGGAACAACUGUUUCAAUGUAGGUGGUAUGUUGACAUUGUGUACUUCAAGACAGAUGUGCAAAUAAAACAGAUCUGCUUACUCUUCCUC